CUUCUUUUAGCAGUAAUGGGCCAAAAAAAUCUGGCGAGGACUCGGAUGAGACGAAUCUGGUUGACCUGUGCAGUGCGAAGCUCGGCUUCGUCGGGAGUUACACUAAUUGAAACUUUCGACACCGCCGCGUUACGGUUUCGGAGCCACUCGUCUUCGUCGUCUAUUCUCUCUUCGUCCCGAGUGCUAACAGUCUCAUCCAUGGCUUCUGGAGCUGUAUUCAAUUUGUCCGAUUCCAGUCUUCUCAAAAUCGUUAAAGGCGACAUCACCAAAUGGUCCGUCGAUGCAUCCUCCGAUGCUAUCGUGAAUCCAGCAAAUGAGAGAAUGCUAGGUGGUGGUGGUGCUGAUGGAGCAAUACAUAGAGCUGCUGGGCCACAGCUUAGAGCAGCGUGCUAUGAGGUCUCUGAAGUUCGUCCUGGAGUCCGUUGUCCAUUAGGUGAAGCAAGAAUCACUCCGGGUUUUAACUUGCCUGCAUCACGCGUGAUUCACACCGUUGGACCAAUCUACGACUCAGCUGUCAACCCUGAAGAAUCCCUCACCAAUUCUUACAGGAAUAGUCUGAGAGUGGCUAAGGAAAACAACAUCAAGUACAUUGCAUUUCCUGCCAUAUCUUGUGGGAUUUACGGAUAUCCUUUUGAUGAAGCUGCUGUGGUCGGUAUAUCAACGAUCAAAGACUUCGCCAAUGACUUUAAAGAGGUGCAUUUUGUUUUGUUUGCCGACGAUAUCUAUAGCGUGUGGGUAAACAAAGCAAAGGAAGUGCUACAAAAGUCUUAAGCUUCCCCCUGCACGCAGCCUAAGUAUGCUCAAGUAAACAUGAAUUGAAAAAAUUUGCUAUAUGUGCCUUGUGAUACUCCACACAAAGGAAAGUUUUGCUAUUUGUGUUGUGUGAUGAGAACCUUGUGGAUUGUCCGUAAUGGUUAUGUUUUUAAGGUUCCACCAGCUUUGGGUAACCAUGAAAAGAACAUUUGGAGUUAGAAAAAAAAAAAAUGAAGAAGAAUAAAAUAAAAGAAUAUUUAUUA